UGCGUGAGUGAAUGUGUGUACAGUGAUCUGCAGCUGUGUGUGAGGUGACUGCGCCGCGGUUCAGUUUCAGAGAGUCGCGUCGAUAUUUUUUGUGUUUUAGCCGCUCGACAGAGUUUGGAUAGGAAUCGUAUCUUUGGAUGAUCUUCCUUGUCUGUUUUUAAUCGCUUUUACUUGUGGACUCGCAUUAUUAUGUUUUUCAGCACAGAGUCAUGGAGUGUGUGUUAUGGUGGGGAAAAACGGGGCUAUUAAAUCGGUUUUUGCCCCAUUGCAUCGACUGAUCCUCGCCACAUACCCGUACAGAACCUGGAUCUGAUUUGAAACCUCUUUUUGUUGAUCUGGAUUUGAAGCCGAUCCCAUUCGCAUUUAAAGGGAACUGCGCGUGAUUGAUAAAGAAGACGAUUGAGUUGUUUUGUAAAGGCAGAUGAUGGAGGCUGUGAUUGAAAAGGAGUGCAGUGCUCUUGGCGGACUCUUUCACACCAUCAUCACAGACAUGAAGAGCAGUUAUCCCAUCUGGGAGGACUUUAUCAACAAAGCUGUGAAGCUCCAGUCUCAACUGAGGACGACUGUGGUUGCUGUCGCAGCGUUCUUGGAUGCCUUUCAGAAAGUGGCUGACCUGGCCACAAGCACACGAGGUGGCACCAGAGACAUCGGCUCAGCGCUCACUCGGAUGUGCAUGAGACACAGAAGCAUUGAAGCCAAACUGCGGCACUUCUCUAUGGCAUUUAUUGAAUGUCUGAUAAACCCACUUCAGGAGCAAAUGGAGGAAUGGAAACGAGGGUCAAACACGCUGGAUAAAGACCAUGCUAAAGAAUACAAAAGAGCUAGGCAGGAGAUCAAGAAGAAAUCUUCAGAUACCCUCAAACUCCAAAAGAAAGCAAAGAAAGGGAGAGGAGAUAUUCAACCACAGCUUGACAGUGCCAUGCAGGACGUGAGUGAUAAAUACCUGCUGCUGGAGGAGACGGAGAAGCAGGCGGUCAGGAAGGCUCUGAUCGAGGAGAGAGGACGAUUCUGUGUCUUUGUAUCUAUGCUCAAACCCGUGGUGGAUGAAGAAAUGUCUAUGCUGGGAGAGAUCAUUCACCUGCAGACCAUUGCUGAUGACCUGAAGGCUUUGACCAUGGACCCACACAAACUGCCACCUGCAAGCGAACAGGUCAUACAUGAUCUGAAAGGUUCAGACUACAGCUGGUCCUACCAAACCCCUCCAUCUUCUCCCAGUACUACUAUGUCCAGAAAGUCUAGUAUGUGCAGCAGUCUGAACAGUGUGAACAGUAGUGACUCCAGAUCCAGUGGGUCGCACUCUCACUCCCCUUCCCCACACUAUCGCUAUCGCAGCUCGACACUGCCGCAGCAGGCCCCGGCGCGCCUCUCCAGCAUCUCAUCCCACGACUCGGGCUUCAUCUCGCAAGACGCCUUCCAGUCCAAGUCACCCUCCCCGAUGCCCUCCGAAUCGGCCCCGCAGACAACCUCUAGCUCCGCCUCCUCGGAUGCCUCUGAGACCUGUCAAUCAAUCAGCGAGUGCAGUUCUCCCACUUCCAUUGGCUCAGGUGGCGCCGCUUCCUGUUCAGAAAAGUUAUCAAACGGCUAUGAUCAUUACACGCUGGGAGAGUCGUCGUACCUGAACGGCGGGGGAAUGGGAGGGCAGUACCCUUUUUUUCCCCACGCCGCCUCCAUUUCCUCUUCCUCAUCCUCCUCUUCCUCCACACUGCGUUCAUGGUCACGCCCGGGCUCAGCCCUCCUGUCCGAUUACCCCCACUAUUGCACCCUGGCCUCAGGCAUGAUCCCUUCCUCCAAAGUCCCCAGCUGGAAGGACUGGGCUAAACCUGGUCCUUACGAUCAGCCCAUGGUGAACACACUGAGGAGAAAAAAGGAACCAAAGGAAGUAGUGGACGCAAAUGGCACUUCAAAUGGCAUGGCCCCUUCUUCUCAACCAAUCAUGGCCAAUUCUCCUCCUGAGGAUGCUCAGGGGGCCAGAAGCAUGACUGUUGUACCAAAGGUGGAUGAUAUGGAGGUCCAUGAGGAGUUGACCCUGGCACUGACCCGAGGUCUUCAUCUGGACACUCAACGCUCCAGUCGUGACUCUUUACAGUGUUCCAGUGGCUACAGCACUCAGACAACAACACCCUGCUGUUCAGAGGACACCAUUCCCUCCCAAGUGUCCGACUACGAUUACUUUUCUGUAAGUGGAGAACCAGAGGGGGAUCAGCAGGAUUUCGACAAGUCAUCGACUAUCCCGCGCAACAGUGACAUCAGCCAGUCCUACCGCAAGAUGUUUCAAGCCAAGCGUCCGGCUUCCACGGCCGGUCUUCCCUCCACUCCCGGCCCUGUGAUCGUCACGCCCGGUGUGGCUACGAUCCGUCGUACGCCCUCCACCAAACCCUCCAUCCGUAGAGCCACCAUGGGCACUGGCCCCAUCCCCAUCAAAACCCCCGUCAUCCCAGUAAAGACGCCCACGGUGCCUGGCUUUUCCAGCUCACUAGGGGGCAGCAGUGAAGAAGGAGAGGAGCAAGCCAGCCCCGACUCACCUAACCUGGGAGAAAACGGAGAGCGGGUGGGAAUCCUCCAUGGGGCAUCGUGGAGUGGCCAGGCCUCCAUUAACCCUCCUUUGCCACCUGGACCACAAGGUUCACCCGGUGGACCUGAAGACGACCCAGAGGACUGGGAUUUUGCGGACCCACAGAGCGACACUAUGCUUCUGGCGAUCCGCAGAGGGGUCAGGCUAAAGAAGACUAUGACCAACGACCGCUCUGCGCCACGAAUUGCGUGAUAGAUCAGGAAGUCAUGUGUGUGUUAAUAUUGUACAAAGACUUUAUAAAGGGUACACUUCAGAAACAAGCGGUGAAGAACACAAGCUGUGGGUUGUGAUCAGAUUUAUCACCAGACUUCUUGAAUGUGGCCUGAUGUCCCAAGACAGAGUUUUAUGUUUAUGUUCUGACCUUCUGGCGCUUUUAUGUUUAUAUGCUUCAAAUGUAUAAUGCAAGCAUGCGGCCAACAUGAGUUAAUUUAGGAUUAACUCAUUGUAAACAAUAUCUUUAGAUAAUGAUCGGCUCUUAUUAGUUUUAACACUUUCAUUAUGUUGUUAUUAUUAUUAUAGUUUCAAUGAUUAAUUCCCCGCUAAAAUAUAUAUAUAUAUAUCUUAAGCAUUAGCCGAGUAAAGUACUUUUAUCUAUUUGUAUCAAAAUGUAAAUAUUGACAGAGGUAAGAAAAAACCUGCAGAUUUAAUUUAUUUAGCACUCUCUGCUUUAAUUCUGUACCAAAGAAGAUUAUUUUGUAUAUUAUGUUAAAGUCAGCACACAUACACACACUUUAUUUCCCUGUGAAGUCUGUUUAGUGCAACUGAAUGCUAAUGCUAUCAGUGCUAAGUCUAUAGUGACAAUUGGUGCGAUGCCUAAACGUGUAUUUCCAGUUAAAUAAUUUGUGCAUGGCACAGUAUUAAUGUACAUGCUUAAAUUCGGAAGAUUUGCGAAUGAUAAAUCUGAUGUGCUUCCCUGGAUAUAGUCUUAUACAGCUAACCAUGAAGCAUGUACCAUAUAUUUAGCAUCUGUCAUGUUAAAAUUUAGCAUAGGUUAACUGUAAGUCCUGGUGCAAAGACAUCAGAGAGGCCGGACGGCUUUUGUAAAGGGUUCGACUGCGUCCUAUCAUUUCAUGUGUUUGGCACUCAAUCCAUUCUGUGUUUAAAUGUCAUUUAACUUUUCCUGACCAGCACAAACCAACUGGUUUCUGUUCCUUCGGCUUGAAGCUUUGUGCAAACCAGUGUUGUGUGUGAAACUGUAAAAAUCUGAUUUACUGUGACAUUCAUUCAUUCAUUGUUGGUAUUUUGUUUCCAUUAUGUACAUUUUUUAAUUCAUAACCCAGUGGUCAUAUGUACAGUCUGUAGACACAAGAUAUUUAGGGAAAGCACAAACAUUUUUUGUGUCUGUUUCUUAUAUAUAUAUAUAAAUAUUAAUGUAGAGUAUCUAAUUACAAAGAUUUAAUCCUACUGCGUGAAACAAAUAGAAACCGACAGGAUUAUUUUUUCCCAGUGGACCAGCUUAGUAAUGUCGUCACGGUACAAAUGUGUAAAAUUGUGAAAUUUGUCACAAAUUGGCGGAUGCUUACCUGCAUAUGAUGCUAUUAUCUUGUAUGUACUCUCGCUCUAUACGAAAAUGUUUUAGUUCUAACCAGCCUGUAUUUCAGUAAAAUAUCAAACUAUUUAAUUUCAAAGCAUUAGGUAAUAAAGCUACCAAAUACUGUGUAAGUUGAUUCUGUGCUAGCCAAAAAUUGCUUUCUUAUUGUAAAGGCUGAAAGUUUAGUAUAAGUUUAUUUAGAAUAGUUUGUAUUGAGAGUUGAUCUCAGUUAUGUGCGGUUUAAAAAGCUAUAAAAUCAUUUCCUGUAUGUUUCUUGUGUUUUUUUUUCUUGUAUAACUACUCAUACACACAUAAAAUAUAUUGAAAGAUC